AUGGCCUCUCGCCCUAAGGGAUUAAAAGUCACCGAUUUCGUUGAAAGACCUUGUUUUGGUCGUAACGGUCGAGAAAUACGUGUUCGUGCAAACUUUUUUGAGGUUACUGCCGUUCCUGAAGCAAAUAUCCACCAUUAUGAUAUUGCUAUCACUCCCGAAGUACCUCCAUCAUUAAACAGAAAAAUUUAUAAACAAUUUGAAUUUAUUAAUUGUAAAAACAAUAAUAUCCUACCCGUUUAUGACGGACGAAAAAAUAUUUUCACUAGUAGUCCGCUUCCUUUUGGAGAAGCAGCCAGUUUUGAGGUUAAUCUUCAGGAAGACGAUGGAAGCACAUCAUCUAAACGUCCGCCAAGAACGUUUAAGAUCAAAUUUAAGAAAGUUAACGAAAUUAAUAUGGAAGAAUUGCAGCGGUUCUUGGACGGAAAGUCACAACUAAAUUCAAACAUAUUAACGGGAAUAAUGGCUUUGGAUGUGCUUAUUAGACAUCAGCCUUCAAUGAAAUAUGUUACUGUCGGCAGGUCUUUCUAUACACCUGAAGGUUCUCGAGCUUUGUCCGGUGGCGUUGAAGUUUGGCAAGGCUAUUAUCAGUCGGCACGUCCUACUCCAGGAAAAAUGAUGAUUAAUAUUGAUUUGAGUGCAACCGCGUUUCAUGAAAGUGGUUCUUUAAUCAAUGUUGUCCUUAAAUUACUUGGAAAACGAAGUAUUGAUGAUUUGCGCAGAGGAAUUAAUGAAAGGGAGCGUGUUAAGCUUGAUAAAGAACUUAAACUUCUUAAAAUUCGAGUUAUUCAUCGUGGUGAAAGUAAUAGCAAACGAAGUUUCAAGAUUUCAAAAAUCUCUCCUCUGAGUGCACAACAAACAAAAUUUGAUGAUGCAGAUGGUCAUAAAACUGACGUGCUUACAUAUUUUCAAAAAACUUAUAAUAAACAUCUUACUUAUCCACAUUUACCUUGCGUUAUAGUUAAAAAGGACAUUAGUCUUCCAAUGGAAAUAUGUGAAGUUAUUGAAGGUCAACGUCAAAUUCGAAAACUCAACGAAAAGCAGACUGCCGAUAUGAUUAAAUUUACAUGUCAACAACCACAUAUUCGAGCAAAUAAAAUCAAAGCGGGCCUUGAAAUACUCAAUUAUCGUAAUAAUGAUCAAAUGACUCAAUUCAACAUGAAAGUGUCAAAUGAAAUGGCUUUAGUACAAGCUCGAGUAUUGCCUACACCCACAAUUAAUUAUCAUACUAGUUCUAAAGAUGCAUCUUUCACACCAAGGGAAGGAUCCUGGAAUUUGAGGGAUAAGAAAGUUGCUGAGGGUGCUACACUUCGUUCAUGGUCUGUCUUAGUCUUUGGAACAGAACCAGAUUUUCCAAUGCAAUCUGUUCAAAAUUUUGUUCGGGAAUUGGUUAUAGUUUGCUCGGAUACCGGAAUGAAUAUUCCAACCAAAACUCCACCGAUAAUACAUAAAAACGCUCAUAGCGAUAUUGGAGAGAGCCUAAAACAAGCGUGGAUACGUGCUGGUAAUGCUGCAAAAUCUCAGCCCCAAUUGAUUUUAUGUAUCCUACCAAAUACUGGUGUACAACUUUAUGGUUCUAUCAAAUGCGCAGGUGAUACAAUCAUCGGUGUAGUUACUCAAUGCAUACAAAGCAAACAUAUGUUUCAGGCGAAGAAACAAUAUUGUGCCAACGUUUGUCUUAAAAUUAAUGUCAAACUUGGUGGAAUGAAUUCAUUCCUUACACCAAAACAAAAUCCAUUUCUUGCUGAGAAGCCUUCAAUUUUGAUGGGCGCUGACGUGUCGCAUCCCUCACCUGGAUCAAAUCGUCCAUCGAUUGCUGCGUUAUGUGCUUCUAUGGACUCUAAAGCUGUUCGAUAUGCAGCUGCAAUAAGACGGCAGGAUUCUCGCACGGAAAUCAUUGCAGAUUUAGCAAACAUGGUUAAAGACAUGUUAAAAGCCUUUUAUAAAAAUUGUGGAAGGAAGCCUGAAAGAAUUCUUUUUUAUAGAGAUGGCGUUUCGGAAGGACAAUUUGCACAAGUACUCGAAGGAGAAAUUAGUGCAGUCAAGGCCGCAUGUCGAGAUCUUGAUCAGACAUAUUCACCAACAAUUACAUUCGUCGUCGUUCAAAAGCGUCAUCAUGCACGCUUCUUUCCAGUUGACAAGAAAGACUCGGAUCGAACUGGCAAUUGUCUUCCAGGUACCCUUGUUGAAAAAAUGGUUGUGCAUCCUGUAGAAUUUGAUUUCUACUUACAAAGUCAGGCCGGUUUGCAAGGAACGUGCCGACCGACACAUUAUCAUGUUUUAUAUGAUCAAAAUUCUUUCACUCCCGACUCGCUUCAAACUUUGUCAUACAAUUUGUGCUACAUAUACGCGCGAUGUACUCGUGCAGUCUCUUUAGUUCCUCCAGUUUACUAUGCUCAUAUUGUUUGCAGUCGAGCUCGUUUCCAUGCACAUGGCGACAAUUUUAGUGAAGAUUCAUCUGUGGAGGGAGAAGUUACCUUUGGUAAAGUAUUACCUGAAUUACUAAAAGUUAUGUACUUUAUGUAA